UAUCUCGUUAAUUUGGAACCUAAAAAGGCUUCUAUAAAAGCCUAGAGGUAAAGGUUGUUUUUGGAGAAAUGAGAAUGAGUUUCUUGCAUACAUGGCUUCUAUUCACUCAGGUUAGAGCAGCUGAUCCUCCAUGCAGUUUACAAGGGCUGCCCAAUCCUCCUCAACUCAGCAAAGAUGGGGAUGUACUGAUUGGUGGGAUCUUUUCCAUCCACAGCAAAUGGAACCAGCCAGGACAAACAUUCACAUCAGGACCUCAGAAAGGAGAAUGCACAAGUUUGAAUCUCAUAGAAUUUAAAACUGUACAAACAAUGUUAUUUUCCAUUGAGGAAAUCAACAACAGAACUGAUAUUCUUCCUGGCAUCAGUUUGGGUUAUAAAAUCUAUGAUACCUGUGGAUCAGUUGAAAUGACCACAAGAGCCUCAUUGUCCUUAGUAAAUGGUGAAAAAAACAAAACUUCACUGUCCUGCUCUAAAAUUGAAACAGUUCAAGCAAUCAUAGGAGAAUCAUCAUCUACCCCCACUAUUGCCAUAUCUGCUACAGUGGGACCUUUACACAUACCUGUGGUCAGUCACUUUGCAUCAUGUGCAUGCUUAAGUGACAGAAAAAAAUAUCCAUCAUUCUUCAGAACUGUUCCCAGUGAUUAUUUCCAGAGCAGAGCUUUGGCAAAGCUGGUCAAAUAUUUUGGGUGGACCUGGGUAGGGGCCCUAUGCAGUAAUAAUGAUUAUGGGAAUAAUGGCAUAAAUGAAUUUAUCAGUGCUGCCAAAAAAGAGGGAAUCUGUGUUGAGUAUUCAAAGGCAUUUUUCAAGACAGACCCCAGAGAAAAAAUUCUGAAAAUAGUUGAGAUUAUCAAGGCUUCAACUUCCAAAGUUAUUGUAGCUUUUGUUGCAAACACUGACUUUGGGAUUCUUUUAAAGGAAAUGGCUUUACAGAACAUGACUGGGUUUCAGUGGAUUGGAAGUGAGUCUUGGAUUUCUGAUAUAAACCCAGCCAAUGCUCAAUGGCAGCAUGUUCUAAAAGGGUCUUUGGGUUUUGCUAUCCCAAAAGCUGAAAUCACUGGCCUUGGGGAAUUUCUGACUAAGCUUAAUCCAGCUUCUGAUAUACCUAUUUACAAAGAGUUGUGGGAGACAAUAUUUCAGUGUAAACUUUCAACACAAGAAAAUGUUGAGAUGAAACAAUUGUGCAAGAGCAACGAAAGUCUCACUCAAGUUCAAAACCUUUAUACAGAUGUUUCAGACUUACGACUUGCAAAUAAUGUUUACAAGGCUGUGUAUGCUGUGGCUUAUGCCAUUCAUAGCAGUUAUGGAUGUUCAAAGAUGGACAGUGGACAAGGUGCUGAUGUGUGUACAAACCUUGCAGAUAACCAGCAACCGUGGAAGAUAGUGAAUGAGUUGAAGAAAAUCCAUUUCACCACUAAAGCAGGAGAGGAUGUAUUCUUUGAUGAGAAUGGAGACCCAGCAGCGAGGUAUGAUGUGCUGAACUGGCACCAAGGUAAAGAUGGUAAAACAAUGAUUGUUAAAGUGGGCUUCUAUGAUGCCUCUCUGCAAACACACCGUCAGCUGUCAUUUAACAACAUCAAUAUAUCCUGGGCCCUAAACAAUUUGCAGGUGCCAGUCUCUGUGUGUAGUCCGAGCUGUCCCCCGGGCACCAGGAAGGCUGUGCAGAAAGGAAGGGCAAUCUGCUGCUUUGACUGUAUACCAUGCGCAGAGGGGGAAAUAAGUAACAUAACAGAUUCUAUAACUUGUAUCAAGUGCCCUCCUGAACUGUGGUCUAAUGACAAGAAGGAUACAUGUGUCUUAAAGCUGGUGGAAUUCCUGUCAUUUGAGGAAAGAAUGGGAAUCAUUCUUGUAUCAUUUUCUUUGUUAGGAGUAUCUUUCACCAUCAUCAUUGCUGUAAUUUUCUUUAAACACAAGGACACACCAAUUGUUAGAGCAAAUAAUUCUGAACUGAGCUUUCUAUUACUCUUCUCUCUUUCUCUGUGUUUCCUCUGUUCAAUUACUUUUAUUGGAUGGCCAUCUGAUUGGUCCUGUAUGCUUCGCCAUACAGCGUUUGGGAUCAUCUUCGUCCUCUGCAUCUCCUGUGUUCUUGGGAAAACAGUAGUGGUGUUAAUGGCCUUCAGGGCUACACUUCCUGGCACUAAUGUCAUGAAAUGGUUUGGGCCUCUACAGCAGAGACUCAGUGUACUUGCCUUCACUCUUGUACAGGUCAUUAUUUGUGUGAUUUGGCUAAACGUUUCUCCUCCUUUUCCUUACAAAAAUAUGAAUUACUACAAGGAAAAGAUUAUAUUAGAAUGUAGUUUAGGUUCAGCUAUAGGUUUCUGGGCUGUGCUGGGUUAUAUAGGAUUUUUGGCCUUUUUAUGUUUUAUUUUGGCUUUUCUGGCUCGAAAGCUACCUGACAAUUUCAAUGAAGCAAAAUUCAUCACAUUUAGUAUGCUCAUAUUCUGUGCAGUUUGGAUCACUUUUAUUCCAGCUUAUGUCAGCUCUCCUGGAAAAUUUACUGUAGCUGUGGAGAUAUUUGCCAUUUUAGCCUCAAGCUUUGGUUUACUAUUCUGCAUAUUUAUCCCAAAGUGUUAUAUAAUCAUCCUGAAACCAGAGAAGAAUACUAAAAAGCAAAUGAUGGGUAAAUGA